GGUGGCGCUGGAGCGGGCACAUGGCAUACCACGUCGCACCGCGCGGGGCCUGGUUGUUUGUUGAGAAAGUAUAGUACGCUCUUCGCUAGAACAGCCCUGGCUAUGGCGACGGCGAGGGGCGGUCGACCUCAUCGCCACUUUGGCCACAAGAAGAGGGAUUCUCCUCCAUGACGAUUUGCCGCUGCUCGAUAGCGAUCGACUCCUUCGAUUGAUUGCGAGAUUUUCGAUUCCCCGCGCACGCAGCGAUCGAUCGGGCGACGCCACUCUGUUUGUGUGUACCCGACGGCGAUGGGCGAUGGAUCUUCUAUCGCUCCUCCACUACCCACAUUGCUUUUCGGGUGAUCGCGGCGCGCGAUAGCAGUGGAUCUCCCGGGAUUGAGCAAAUCUCGCGAAGUGGAAGGAAGCGUUUUGGGGCCAAUCUUGGAUCCAAGAAGAAAGAACAUAGGAAAACAGGGGAAUGAGGGCAAUCCUCUUCACGGAGGAGCUCAUGGGUGUGGCACUCAAAUUCUCCAAGAAAUCCUCUUCCAUCGGCAGCUUGUGGGUGUGGUGGGAGCCCGCGAUCAGCAAUUCUUCCACACUCGCCCCGGAUUCCUCCUCCAAGAUCAUCGCCAAUCGCAAGCCCAGCUCUUCUUUCCAUCGGCGAAUCCAAACAGGGAUCUCGCUGUGCUUCGCCACGCUCCUCUUCACCGCCCUCGUCUUCUUCCUCGUCUGCGCUCUCGAUUCUUCCUUCGCAAUCAAGAAUUUCAAUCACCCCUCUUCCUCGCCAUCGCCAUUCUCUUCUUCUUCUUCUUCUUCUUCCUCCUCGCGGCGGCAAUCCAGGGCAGCGGCGAUGCAGGGAAUGGGAACGAUCUUCCGGCCGGGCACCAGAUCGAUGAGCGAAAUCGUCAUCGCCCACGUCGAGGAGGAUCUCCCCAGCCAAGAACUUCGUCUCUUCCUACGCAACCUCCUCCGGAGUGGAUUGAGCGCCAGGGCCGACGUGGUGCUCCUCUUCCCUGGCGAUCCGCGAGCUCCCGGCUAUGCCGCGGUGGUGGAAGAGGAGAUCGAGAACUUCAACAAUCUCUUGCUCCAGAGUGGCUGCUCGAUCUCUAACGCUAGCACUAGCUCUAGAAUCGCGAAUGGAUCCAUGGCGCUGGGUCCGAGCUGCCGGAGAGGAUCUCUUCUCCUCUCCAAUUCCAGCCUCAGCCCAUUGAAUCUGGAAGCCUUCGCGAGGGCCGAGGAGGAGGGGCGAGCUCGUGCCGAGUGGGCACUGGCCAGAGCGCUCAAGAAUUCCUCCACUCCCGGAUUGAGCGAGCAAGAGAUCGAGGAAUGGAUCCAGCGGCGCGCCGGCAACUGGAUCCCGCCGCUGGGAUCGAUCAUGGGCUUCGACGUCGCGGAGCUGGAGCCGCUGGACACGCUCUCGGGCUUCAUCGAUCGCCCGCCCAUCCAGCUCCGGCGAUGGCUGUGCUACCAGAUGCUCCUGGGGAUGGCGCGGCAGCACCAGCGCUACCGCCAGGUGAUGAUCGCGCAGGCCAAAGGAGUGUUCUUGCUGGGCGAUUCGCUGCUGGCCAUCGCACGGCGCCGCAAGGACAGCCGCGCGCUAGUGCUCGUCACCGAGGAUCGGACGUGGCUGGAGGAGGCCACCGCUAAUCCCGGAAGGAGCUCUUCGGCGGCGAGAGAGAUUCUCUCCAGCGGUAGCGGCGAGGAGGAGGAGGAGGAAGCGGCGCCGCCACAGCUUGAUAAGCGGAAGAGGGCGUACGGACCCCGGCUCCGGCGGCGGCGGCGGCGGGUCGGGCUGAUCGAGGAGGUGUACGGGCGCCAGGUGUGGGGGGCGAUAGAGCGCGAGGACAAGGCGGAGUGGGCGGUGGUGAGCAGCGCGGUGGUGGCGGGCGGGACGCGGGCGGUCCGCGCGCUGGCGGAGGCGGUGGCCACGGAGGUGGCUCGCGCCGCCAUGAUGCGGCGCAGCCGCCGCGCGUUUGGCGACCAGGCGGUGCUCAACUACGUGGUGAGGAGGAAUGUCAACGUUUUGGGGCGCAAGGUGGUGGAGCAGAUGGUCUUCGUGGAUGCCGGCGGCGGUGUUGGCGGCGACGCCGGCGUCGUCCGGGUGGUGACGGGCGGUACGGUGCCCGAGCUCGGCGGUACCGCGCGGUACGACGUGCUGGUGGCGGCGGCGGGUAGUAGCGGGGAGCUGGCUAGGAUCGUGGGGGCGGAUUUGUGCUCGUCUCCGCGGGAGAGUGCUGUGUACAGUGAUUGCCAACAAAGUAACAGCAGCGGUGAUCGUGAUCAUCGGGAUCAAUAGCGUGGAGAGUUUCGCACUAAAACUACUCACAGAUCGAGUGGAUCCAUUCGUCAUCCAUCACAUACAGUAGCUAGAGACAGCGCGAGCGGGUUUCGUUUUGAUAUUGGGGGAUAGGCCGGUGUACAUUGUUCUUGAGAGAAAUAAGCGAGAUUGAUCGUGAUGAUCAUGGCUUUUGGGUGCGUGUGAUCGGUGUUGUUGGGUGGUGAUCUCGACUUGGGCGAGUUUGAUUUUGUUAAUCCGAUGGAUGGAUGGAUCGGUUUCA